AUGUUUUUCUCCUUUAGGCAAUGUGGUUUGGAUGAAGUAUGUAUGGAAGAUUUCUUUCAAUCACUGACAAAGCUGAGAAACCUAAGAGAUCUGAGGUUGGAAAAAUGGUCCCUUACACAGUCCUGCAGCAAGCAACUUGUUGAAGUCUUUAAGACAAACCAGAAGUUGAAGGAGUUAAAUUUAUUCCUCAAAGACACAAAUGAGAGAGCAAUGGAAUUACUGUGUGAGGGGCUCCAACAUCCAGACUGUAAAAUAGAAAUACUAGAGGUUGGUGGAGAGGCCAUGGCCAAAUUCUGCAGCAGACAUCUUGGAGAAUUAUUCAGAAGAAACCAGAGAUUAAGAGAUUUAAAGUUGUGGGUGUUCAGUCCAGAAUAUGGAGUAGUGGAAAGGCUGUGUGAGGGGCUCCAACACAGAGACUGUAGAGUAGAAAAACUAUGGCUCAAUGAAGAGUUUGUGACUGAACCCUGCAGCAGUCAUGUUGCAGAAGUAUUAAGCAGAAACCAGAGCUUAAGAGAGUUAUGGUUGUACCUAAUACAUCCAGAGGACGAAGCAUUCCAAAUACUGUGCGAGGGGCUCCAACAUCCAGACUGUAAAGUAGAAAGACUCUGGCUUAUUGGAAACACCAUGACCGAAUUUUGCAGCAUGCAUCUUGCAGAAGUAUUCAGAAAAACCCAGAGAUUAAGAGAGUUGUGGUUGUGGCUCUGCAAGCCAGAUGACAGAGUGGUGGAGAUGCUUUGUGAGGGGCUUCAACACCCAGACUGUAAAGUAGAAAAACUAGGGAUUCAUGAAGAUUUUGUGAAGUCCUGCAGCAGGCAUUUUUUAGAAGUACUCAAGAAAAAUCAGAGAUUGAGAGAGUUACAGUUAUUUCUCUACAUUCUAGAUGAAAGAGUAGAGGAAAUGCUGUGUCAGGGGCUCCAACAUCCAGAUUGUAAAAUAGAAAAACUAAGGCUUGAAGGGAAUUUCCUGAAAGAAUCCUUCUGCAGGCCUUUUGCCGAAAUACUCAGGAAAAACCAAAGACUGAGAGAAUUAGAUUUGUUCCCCGACUACUUAGAUGACAGAGUAAUUGAAAUGCUAUGUAAGGGGCUCAAACAUCCAGACUGUAAGAUAGAAAAACUAGGACUUGGUGCAAAAUUCUUGACUCAAUCCCCCAGCAGGCAAUUUACACGUGUACUCAGGUUGAGAGACUUUGAGUUGUUUCCCACCUACAGAGAUGACAGAGCAGCAGAAAUGCUUCCUGCAGGGCUUAAAUAUUCUAACUAUAAAUUGAAAGCACUACGGAUUAGUGGAGAGCAUUUGAAGGAAUCCUUGGGGAGACAGAUUGCAGGAAUUGUCAAGAUAAACCAGAAACUACGUGAAUUGCAUUUGCAUGGUGACUGCAUUAGUGACUAUGAGGUGAAGCUGAUCUGGGAAGAACUGAAACACUCAGGGCAUAAGUUAAAGGAGCUAUGGUUGAAUGGAGAACAUAUUGUACAGAAGGGUAAAUGGAUGGACAUGGAACAUGCAGCUAGAGCCUCCAGUGUAAAUGCUUCUUCCUCAUGCUUGCUUGUUUGAUCUAGUUUUAUUUCCAUGUAGAAUAUGGUUAGGAAGAGUUGGAAUUUAAUAUAUUUCAAGUGAAAGUCCGAAGAACAUUCUUUCAGAAAACUAUAACCUGAACUGAGGACUUUUCUGUCUUUUCAGCUGAAAAAUGCAACAGGAAUGAAAGCACACAAACCUAUUAAUGAAAAUGUGGACAAUAAAACAUAAUUUAUUGACCUUUUGAAUCUUCAAAAUCCAAAGGAAUUCAAAAUCCAAAGGGAGAACCAGUGAAAUUUGGGAGGACAUAUCAAUAGCUAAUCAACGAAUCGAAUAAUGAGACAGUAUACUUAUGGCAAAAAUGGCUGAUCCGCAUGGCCAGAUAGCCUAGUCAGGUGUUUGAACCCCAACCAUUUCCAGGGGGAGGAUGAGAUAGCAAUAGCAAUAGCACUUAGAUUUAUAUACCACUCCAUAGUGCUUCGCACAACUCUCUGAGUGGUUGACAAACAUUAGCAUAUCUGGAACAAAACUAAGGAGAAUCUAGGUCCUUAUUUUACCAACCUUGGACGGAUGGAAGGCUAAGUAAACCUGGAGCCAGUCAGAAUGGAUCUCCUAUCCGUGGGCAGAGUUAGCCUACAAUACUGCAUUCUAACCACUGCGCCACCAAGGCUCCUAGUAUGAUGUUAUCCUACACCCCUAUCUUCCUGCUUCAAUAUGAAAAAUAAAGUCAUUUCUGGCUUUUUCCAGUCCAGAAGUGUUCCCCAGUUUGCUUCUUCUGCUCUUCUUCCAUCUGAGCAACUCCUGCCCUUCACGCACCCACUGGGUGUUGUGGCAGGGAUGGUCCCUCUCCCGGGUUAAUGGUUGCUGCCCCGCAUACCGUAGACAUUCACUGGAUAUAUAGAAAUUAUAUUGUCCAUUAUGCUUAACAAUUUCCAAUGCUUAAAUAUGCUUGCAUGAGGAACAGGGCUAGGAAAGAUUGGAAUUUAAUAUUUUUAUUUAAAGGAACACCUUUGGCCACAGAUUUUGCCUUGAUUAAUUUCUGAUGUGUCAUUGAUUUUGACUGUACUGCAAUUGCUUCAUUUACUGUAACUGAUUAGUCUGCUUCAAUCUUUAUGAAAUAUAUAUAUCACUGGAGCAGAACAUACUUAGCUCAGGACUGAACCCAACAUGUAAAUCUGAUUUUACAUGAAGUUCUCACAAUUUUUCUAUAAAUUGUUGCUGGUUUGCCUGUCACCUCAAUAAAUUUUGAACUGAUU